CUUAAUGGGAGCACGUCUCGAUCUAAGUAUAUCCGACAAGCAAGAGAGUCAAGUGCAUGUCCAGAGUUUUAGCAACAAAUUAAGCAAAGGUUAAAAAUGGCUGUAAAGCUCAACAAUUUCUCCUUUCAAUCCCUCCCUUCAGUUGCACUCCUACCUGCAAGAGCUCAGAGAUCUCCCAAGUUUUCUAUAACUUCCACCAUCUAUUCCAGCUCUAAAGGGAAAGCAAUGUCUUCAGGUCGUGCCGGAGAAGCUAAUGUUAACGUAGUCCGUCCUAUGCUACCACCAAAAAAUGAUGAAAUUUUCAAAUCCAUGGAGGAUUGGGUUAGGAGUGAUAUCUUAAUUCUCCUAAAACCUGUCGAGAAAUCGUGGCAGCCACAUGAUUUUUUGCCAAAUCCUACCUCAGAUGGAUUUAUUGAGCAAGUAAAUGAACUUAGGGAGAGAGCAAAGGACAUUCCUGAUGACUACUUUGUUGUCUUAGUCGGUGAUAUGAUUGUGGAAGAAGCCCUUCCAUCUUACCAUACACUUCUCGGCAGCUCAAACAUAUUUUACGAUGAAACAGGUUGCGACAAUACUCCUUGGGCAACAUGGGCAAGGGGAUGGAGUGCAGAAGAAAACAGACAUGGUGAUCUUCUCAACAAAUACCUCUUCCUUUCCGGGCGAGUGGAAAUGAAACAAAUCGAAAAGACCACACAAUAUUUGAUUGGGUCAGGAACGGAUUUCGGCCCCAGGACAAGUCCCAGUUAUUUAACUAUCUACACAUCGUUUCAAGAAAGAGCAACAUUUAUCUCUCAUGCUAAUACAGCCAAGCUUGCCAUGAAGUACGGGGACAAAAAGCUUGCACAAAUAUGUGGCACAAUUGCCGCAGAUGAGAAGCGUCACGAAACUGCUUACACCAAAAUAGCUGGGAAGUUUUUUGAGCUUGAUCCAAAUGAAGCAAUCAUUGCCUUUUCUGACCUGCUGAGGAGGAAAGUAUCAAUGCCAGGCCACUUAAUGUAUGACGGCAAUGAUGAAAAUCUUUUUUAUCACUUUUCUAAUGUUUGUUCCCGAAUUGGGGUGUACACGGCCAGGGACUACGUAACAAUAUUGGAACAUUUUGUUGGUACAUGGAAUGUGGAGAAACUAAGUGGACUUUCCAGUGAGGGACGAGAAGCCCAGGAUUAUGUAGGUGGAUUAGUUCAAAGACUGAGAAGUUUAGAGGAAAGAGCUCAAGCAAGGGCAAAAAAAGCACCCGCUGUUCCUUUCAGCUGGAUUUCCGGUAGGGAGGUGUAGGCUGUGUAGCCAUGCAUAAAAGCAAAUUAAGGGAGUUUGCAAUAAACCCCAAAUUAAUAUUCCCUUCUUUGUAUUUUGUCAUAUUACAGUAAUCUCCUUACUUCGAGUCCAGUUUGAUUUUGUUGUUAA